GAAGGAGAGGCCCAAAGUAUAAGCCAACCCAAGCCAGCUCAAAUCUUUGAUCGAAGAGUAGAAAGCUUGAUUGAUCCAAUAAUAAUCAACGUUGGAGUAUACAUUGUUUGUAGUAUUAUUAGCAGCAGCAUGAUGACGAGAAAAGUGGCCGGCGGGGAGGCGGAGGAGAUGAAGCGGAGGAACGCCGAGCUGGAGAGGGCGGUCGCGGAGGCGGCGGCGAGGGAGGAGCGGCUGCGGCGGGAGCUGGAGGCGGCCCUGGCGCGGCUGGCGGUGGCCGAGGAGGCCGAGGAGCGCCUGUGCGUGCAGCUCGGCGAGCUGGAGGCCGAGGCCGUGGAGCAGGCCAUCGAGUACCAGGAGCGUGUCAGGGCGCUGUCCGAGCGCCUCGCCUUCGCCGACGGCGUGCUCAGGUCGUCCGGGAUCCGGGGCUUCGCCGCCGCCGGCGCAUCCACCUCGAGGAUGGAUUGAUUUGAUCGAUGUGUGUGUACGUACGUCAUCACCGGCAAAACUGGCUGCGUGCUCCGAUCCUCAACGAUCGACGGGUAUUAGUAGUGGCCUAAAUUAAAGGGACGUGUACAUUUUGUUAAUUAUUUUUAUUAUCGUCCACCACGUUGAUUCAUGUGUGGCGUAGUACGUGUGUAUAUUGUCUGGAGUUUAUAUUAUUAGCUUGAGAGAUGUAGACAAGGUUGUAAAGAAAUCAGUGGCUACUGAUCUGCUUUCUACUUUUCGCUGGUUUCAUUUUAAUUUAUAUAUAAUAUAAGACCGGACGGAUCGGUCUUUGCCCUCUA